AUGUGCGAGCUCAAUAAUGCGCGCACGGGGCCGAUUUCCAAGGAUCCCAUGGGCCCGACAGACCACGUCAACGAAGCUGAAGGAAACAGCUCUGCACAAACCGAUCCGAUUGUCAAGCAAGAGGAGUCAGACGCGGCAGCCCUAGCUCGAUCUGUAUCGUAUGAGUUUCCCAACACCGAGAUCACGUUGGCAGUCAGUAACAGUCCUCGUAGAUUCCUUCGCCAGUCUGCAUGGCAGCCACCCCACGUCGAAUCGCAGCAGCAGAGUCAAUCAUACGAAGAGUCUCUGCUCUCUUUCUGGGCAGCCACCAACGCGGAGAGAAACUUCCCUGGAUAUUUCGCCAACACCCGCAGACUGGAUGCUCUCCCUCAAAGCUCAGGCUCAAUAGCACCUGCAAUCGAGGUAUGA